AUGACUUUCAUCAAACAGGUCGGGACCCUAAUGGGCAAGAAUUUCCGCAUUCUUUUAAUGCGCCAUCUUGCACUAUGCAUCUGGAUGGCCUUUAUCUUACCCAUCUUCUUGGCCGCGCUCUUUAGUUUUACAAAGAACCUCCUGGUGCCUCCAGCGGAAUACGGUAUCGGCAAGCCAACACCACUUAUCGACCUCGGCGAUGCCAUCAAGAAAGCAAGCAACAGUGGACGUAAGAAAUUGGUCCUCGUCAACAACAAUUUCACGGAAGGGAAUAUUGGUCGGGUGUUCAGCACUGUGACGCAACAAUUCCAAGAUGCUGCCGAGUCUGCAGACGUCAACUUUGAGGUCAUCUCCAUCGAACGUGAACAGGACUUAAGGGCAGAAUGCCCUAGUAACUUGAGGGGAUUGACAAGAUGCUUUGGUGCUGUCGUCAUGCUUUCGUCGCCUGAUCAAGGCCCUGGGGGCCUUUGGAACUACACCAUUCGGGCUGAUGGAGACUUCGGUCGCGCAGGCAGAAAAUUCGAAAUCAGCAAAUCGAACGACCAGCAGAUCUAUGUAAUCCCGCUUCAACACUCCGUCGACAGAGCUAUUUCCCUUGCCAAUAGUUCAAGUACCAACGAACUCAAUGGCACUCAAGAAUACCCCUACACCACCUUGACCCCUGAGGAGCGUGACCGAGAGAUUCGUACACGAUUCCAAAAGGUCAUAAGGGACUGGAUGGGUGUCGCAUUUCUGGGAACCGUUGUCUGGAUCACAUAUCAUCUUACUGGUUUCAUCGCUACAGAACGCGAAAGUGGCAUGUCCACAUUGAUCGAUGCUAUGAUGCCGAUACGGAAACCGUGGCUAGCCAUGGUCGCCAGGAUUAUUGCGCACCACAUUUCAUUCUCUCUCAUCUACCUGCCAGCAUGGAUAAUCGGCUCCAUUAUUGUUCGCGGUGGUGUUUUCGCCAAGACCAGCGUUGGUAUUGUCCUCGUUUUCCACGUUCUCAUUGGCCUUGCGUUCUCUUCUAUAUCCAUGUUGUUUGCAUCCUUCUUCCGAAAGGCCCAGCUGAGUGGUAUUACCGCCAUCCUGGUUGUCGCCCUACUCGGAAUUCUUUCGCAAGUCCUCUCUUCUCCUGGUACUGUCUCUGUCGCCGUUCUUUCGAUCUUCUUCACCCCUUGCGCCUUCGUGUUCUUUAUCAGCAACAUGGCAUGGUUCGAGGAGCAGGAAAUGCCGACUGACUUGCUAAAAGCGGCACCUAAUAGCCCGUCAAAACUCCCAGGUAUUGUUAUCUGGAUAUUCUUGAUCAUCCAGAUAUUUGCUUAUCCAUUGAUUGGGGCAUUUAUCGAGCAUGCUCUGUAUAGCAAUGAUACGCCAGGUCGAAAAAUAUUGCAUAACCAAACUGAUGUGGACCGAAUUGGUAGCAAUGCUGUGCAAUUGCGACAAUUCUCAAAAACGUACAAACCUAGCAUCUUUUCAAGAUUGUUCCGCCGAGGCCCCAAUAAGAAGCCGCCUGUUCUCGCCGUCAACGGGCUGGAUCUCGAUAUUGGCCAGGGGCAAAUUGUCGCACUUUUGGGUGCCAAUGGCAGUGGAAAGAGCACCACGCUCGAUGCUAUUGCAGGCAUGAACAAAUUGACGAGUGGAUCGAUCAAAAUCGAUGGCAGAGGUGGACUUGGUAUCGCUCCCCAAAAGAACGUGCUCUGGGACGACUUGACAGUGGAAGAGCACAUCAGAAUCUUCAAUCACCUAAAGGCUCCCAACGCCAGGGCUACCACACAAGAGAUUGAAGAUCUGAUCAGAUCCGUCGAUCUCUACAAAAAGCGAAAGGCUUUUGCAAAGACUCUCUCGGGUGGUCAGAAGCGCAAGCUCCAACUGGGACUCAUGUUGACGGGAGGAAGCGCUGUGUGUUGCGUUGACGAAGUCAGCAGUGGCAUUGAUCCGCUGUCGAGACGAAAGCUUUGGGACAUCAUUCUGGCUGAGCGUGGUAGACGCACGAUGAUUUUGACCACCCACUUUUUGGACGAGGCCGAUCUUCUUGCCGACCAUAUCGCCAUUCUUUCGAAGGGAACUCUGCGUGCAGAAGGCUCCUCAGUGGCCUUGAAGGACAAUAUGGGCGGCGGUUACAGAGUUCAUGUUCCCAAGGACAUUGGGAUUCGAGAAACCCCAGACAUUGAUCAAGUUGCGAAGAAGGAUGCCUUCGACCUCAUCACAUACACUGCUCCCACCUCGCAGCUCGCAGCUGUUGUCAUUAAGAGUCUUGAAGCUGCUGGUAUCAAAGAAUAUCGCUUCUCGGGCCCGACUAUCGAGGAUGUUUUCCUCCAGGUUGCCGAGGAGAUCAGAGACGAAGAAGCGUUCCGCAACGCAAACCACCCCUUGUCUGUCCCAUCAUCCGAAAAGGUCGCCUCCAAAGAGAAGGAAGGCGAAAAUCCAGGGUUGGCGCUUACAAAUGGACAACGAGUCGGAUACUUGAAACAAAGUUUGAUUCUGUUCCGCAAGCGUCUCACUAUUCUGAAGCGGAAUCGAUUUUUGUAUCUGCUAGCCUUUCUUCUUCCAAUCUUCGCUGGCGGAUUGACUUCCCUUUUUAUCAUUAACGAAAGUACGGCCAGUUGCGUGCCAGGGGACCAAUCAAGGAAAGCUGCUGCUCAGGGACUAAACGUGUUCGAUCCAAGGGAAGGAGGAGACAACAUUGCACUGCGCCUCUUAGCUGGGCCAAGGUCAAAGUUGAGCACUGACUUGUUCCGCCUCAUAAAUCCCAUGUUAAAGGGUAACGCUGGAAGUGAAACCCAAAGGGGGUUCGACAUAAACGAUCUUAGCUUGGUCGACACUUUCCAGCAAUUCAAAGACAAGAUCGAGACGGAUCGAAAGAACAUCACCGGAGGAAUUUGGCUGGGCAAUGACGAGCAAGGUCCUACAUUUGCAUGGGUCGCUAAUCUUGCCAUCGUGGUGCCUAUAUUCGCGCAGCAGAUGCUGGAUGUCGUAAUGUCCAACGUCAGUAUCGCAACGUCUUGGGCUCCUUUUGAACUUCCCGUGAAUGACACGACGGGUAGUUCACUUCAAAUGAUUGUAUACAUGUCGAUCGCUCUCUCGGUCUAUCCUGCAUUUUUCGCACUCUACCCAAGCAACGAGCGGCGCAAGUUCAUUCGCGGUUUACAAUACUCCAAUGGUGUCCGGCCAUUACCACUCUGGAUAGCCUACCUCCUGUUUGAUCUAAUCAUUGUCCUGGUCAGCACAGCCAUCGUGGUGGCGAUAUGGGCCGGUGUCUCCGAUAUCUGGUUCAACAUUGGUUACGUCUUCCUCGUCUUGUUCCUAUACGGAAUAGCUUCGACAGUCUUUGCGUACCUUGUCUCCCUCUUCACUAAAACACAGCUUGGAACGUACGCAUGGGCAGCGGCGAGCCAGACUCUCAUUCUUGUCGUCUACAUCAUUGCGUACAUGUCGGUGUUGACUUACUCGCCCGUGACCAAGGUUGACAGCUCCUUGCGCCUUGUUCACUUUGUCAUUUCUGCAUUCGCCCCCAUUGGCUCAGCACUGAAGGCUCUUUUUAUCUCUACAAACCUUUUUUCUACGGCAUGCGAUGGCAAUAGCCUGACCGAAAACCCAAGCGGCAUCUUGUACUAUGGUGGACCCAUUCUGUACCUCAUCCUUCAAUCACUCAUCUUCUUUGGUCUUUUGAUUUGGCUCGAUACUGGUACAGCGGGAGCCUCACUUCGAGGUCUCUUCCGGGGAGGAGACAAAGCUGAAUCAGAUGAGGAACAUGUUGAUGAAGACAUCAUUGAUGAGCGCGAGAAAGUCACUCGUAAUGAGGGGCAUGAGCAUGGUCUCCGAAUUAUGCACCUGACGAAGAGCUUCCGCGACAACAUAGCUGUUGACAACGUCACCUUUGGUAUCAAGCGUGGUGAAGUUUUUGCUCUACUUGGUCCGAAUGGUGCAGGAAAAUCAACGACCAUUUCUCUCAUCAGAGGUGAUAUCAAGCCGGACCGAAAUGGAGGCGAUGUGUUGGUGGAAGAUAUAUCCGUCAGCAAGAACCUCGCAGGUGCUCGAGCCAACCUGGGUGUCUGCCCUCAGUUCGAUGCUAUGGAUCAGAUGACGGUACGUGAGCAUCUCGAAUUCUACGCCAAGAUCAGAGGUGUCACCGACAUCGAACACAACGUGCGGGCUGUUAUGCAGGCGGUAGGGCUCGAGUCAUUCUCUACGCGGAUGGCGCAUGCUCUAUCUGGAGGCAACAAACGAAAACUGAGUUUGGGAAUCGCUCUGAUGGGCAAUCCCACUGUUGUGCUUCUGGAUGAGCCUUCGUCUGGUCUCGAUGCUGCUUCAAAGCGUGUUAUGUGGAGAACACUCGAGGCGACAAUCCCUGGAAGAUCAAUUCUUCUCACGACACACAGCAUGGAGGAAGCAGAUGCAUUGGCUGGUCGUGCUGGUAUUCUUGCUCGAAGGAUGCUUGCUCUGGGAACUCCAGAUAACCUUCGACAUCGCUUCGGCGAUGCCUUGCAUAUUCACCUUGUCGCCAAAAGUGCCCCUCGUACUACUCAGGAGGAGAUGGACCGAAUGACAAACUGGAUUCGGCAAACUUUGCCCUCAGCCGAUGUUGAUGAGAAAACAUAUCACGGCCAGAUCCGCUUUUCAGUGCGCGCUGGCCAAGUCCUCGCAGCAACUUCUGGUCGUAAGGAGGAAGAGAUCUCAAGCGACCGAGAGGUUGAUCUGAGCCAGAGUGCCAUUGGACACCUAGUAGUGUUGCUGGAGGAGAACAAGGCAGAACUCGGCGUGGGUCACUACAGUGUUAUGCCAACAACACUGGACCAGGUUUUCUUGACUAUCGUUGGACAACACAACGUGAAGGAAGAGAACUCAGAAGAGAAGAAGCAAAGCAUUUGGCGCAAAAUCUGGAUGUUUGGGAGAUCAUAA